CACAGCUCUCGAAACGUUCGCCAGCACCGACACCGCCGCGGCUGUGGGCUAUGAUCAGUAAUUUAGUAUACAAGAUAACAAACAAAGGAUGUUGUUCUGUUCCUUCCUGUCAGAAUUUCCAUAUCAAAAUCAAAAUUAGUUCGACCAUGAAAGAAGGAGUUAACCGUCAUCUAGCUUGCAACCGAUGUCGCGUCAGGAAGGUGAGAUGCGAUGGGCAAAAGCCAUAUUGUAAGCGAUGUGCAAAUGGCGGUGCGCCGUGGGAAUGUUCCUACCAGGCUUCGGUUAAGCAAAGACCACCAAGACGGAUUUCCUCAGAUUCGAAUUCAUAUUCGCCAACGAUGAAUGAAUCAGAGACGCCUGAAGCCAGGGAUGCGGAGAAUUUGGUAGUCCCACUAGGUUUCGGUCUCACGCCAAAAGAUAUGGAGACGUUGAUCCUCCCUCAGGAGUCGAAUACUCUCUUACCUGAGCUGGAUUCUGAGGCCAACGCUGCUUCCUUCAGCUCUGUUUAUGAGACCCAGUUGACCAACAAGGUUCCUGAUAACAUUAUCACGCCGCCCGAUGAGAUGCAGUUGCUUGGAUAUGGUAUGCCCGUUGAGACGGGGCAAAUAUCCCCGGGAACAUCUCAGGCUGUAGGAGACGUCUCAGAACUACCCCAUGGCACCGUGGAGGCUCUCUUUAAAACAUAUUUUGACUCAUGUCAGACGAUAUGUCGACUCUUCGACGACCGAGAGAGACUUUACGGUCUUAUGUAUGGAACCUCUUCAGAAGAAAUAGCAUUGCAAAAUGCCAUAUGUGCUCAUGCGGUGCCAGCGUGCUCUCAGAUCUCUGCUUGGGUCAUAUCGCCCCUUGACUCAAUCAGAGGCGGCUCCACCGACUGGUCUGCAUCCUUUUACCGCCUCGCCAGAAAGUCUCUAGAUGAAUGCGGACAUCAAGGUUCAGUCAUGCCUUCUCUGCGAUUUCUCCAAGCAACCAUCUUGAUUGGAAUAUACGAACAGCAUCAUGCUGAAUUCGGUCGCUCCUGGCUCACCGCAAGCCGCGCAGUGUGGCUUAUGGAAGCGCUGCAGCUUCACAAACUGGAAUCUGGGCGUCUUAUGGCGAUCGAUGUCUUGGAUAUGGAAGAGGCCAGAAAGGCACUAUGGGCUGCGAGCAGCAUGAUGGUGUUCAUCUCGCUUGGCAGUCGGAUCAUGGAUUUUGUUGUUCCUGAAGUGAUCAGCGCAUCGUUGCUCCAACCGCAAGGAGAUGCGUCUUUCUCCCGGCUCUCUUUCAGCACCGGUGAAGUCUUCCGCCGACCCUACCCUAGACCCUUGCUGGUUCAGGAAGGUAUAUGUGCUGCGGACCUUCUGUGUUGCCGUAUCGUAUCCCACAUCAAGAGAACAAACCACGCAAGCACUGCUGAGCUCCAGCCAUACAACUUUUGGAUCAACCACCACCGACUCGAAGAAAUGCUCCGUCACAUCUCCACCAGAACUCCAGAAGCGACAUCCCCAACAUCACCCGACACGCCAGAUGCUUGUGCCAAGGUCGUGCUGGAUAUCUUACUUAAGGCACUCUUAAUUGUACUCCACGAAGCGAAACUGAAGAAGAUGCGCGUGUCGAACCAGAACCAAUUCGAUCAGAUCCGCGCCAGUGGCAACGUUGCACUCCAGCGUUCCCUGGAAAUCGCCGAGGCAGUACAGACCAGUGUCUUGCCCACCGAUGCGAGGGCCAACAUCACGCUGUCUUGGGCUGUUUACGUCACAUUGCAGUCUCUUCUGCGGCAACAGCGCCGAGAUUCAGCUUCAUGGCCGUUGGAUAAUGUUGAACUUGAUGUGAAUACAUGGUCGAAUAGCAAUAAUUCAGAAUCCGUUUUUCACUAUUCAACAGAUACAAAUGCGUUUUUGAGGUCCGGCACGGCAAUGCCGGCUGUGAAUCUGUUCGAAGCGGCUGGUUCGAUGAGUACUUCGCUCACAGGGGCUCUGGUCUUGGAUUCAUUUAAUGCGCUUCAGUCGACUUUAGAGGGAUGGUGCAGCAAGAGCCCCAUCGUGGCGUUUUUCUUGGGUCAGAUCAAGACUGAAAUGAGCGAGACUGAUGAGAUUCUCGAUGGAAGAUUUGUUGGGUUGGCCGAUUUCACUUCGCGUAAUUGCUGGCCUGUUUGAGGAUUUACUUUUCUCUAUGACAUGUGGAUUUCUUACAUUGAUCAGGGUCCCCUUAAUUCGUUCCAGAAAGCUACAGGCUAGAGUAUUUACAGGUAGAAGACGAAAAUGCGUAGGUACAAACAGGGUGGUUACGGGAUGAAUAUACAGGUCUAAGUACAUAUAAUGUAGGAUAGGGGGUUCUCUGGAAGCCAUGUGGCUGCAUACUUCAGAAUAUGUAGCACAAAUGUAAGACUUCUGUAUCUUGGAGUAUCUUUUCUAUAAUAGGUACUUCACUUCAUUUCUCCCGUAGAAAAGAUGCUAGUACUGUUA